AUUGCCCCUCUUUUUCCGUCGUUGCUCUUAUUUCUCAGCAAAAAUCAAACUCCAACAAAAACCCUAAUCCUUCGUCCAUGGCGUGGAGAUGUGUUCCCCACCUAGGGCACAUUCUCCGAGGUACGUAUGUUUCUUCCUCUCGCCUAGGUUCAACCUCCAUCGACAUCCCGCGAUGGGUGACCUACAUGCCCCGCCCUGGAGAUGGCUCGCCUCGGCCGGUGACUUUGAUUCCCGGCGACGGCAUCGGUCCACUUGUCACCGGCGCCGUGAAGCAGGUCAUGGAGGCGAUGCACGCGCCGGUCUAUUUCGAUACCUACGAAGUACACGGCUACAUGACGACGGUACCGGCUGAGGUGAUAGAGUCUAUUCGGAGGAACAAGGUUUGCAUCAAAGGAGGAUUGGAGACGCCGGUUGGCGGAGGUGUGAGCUCGCUCAACGUGCAGUUGAGAAAGGAACUCGACCUCUAUGCUUCGCUGGUUAACUGCUUUAAUCUUCCUGGGUUACCUACGAGACACGAAAACGUUGAUAUCGUCGUGAUCAGGGAGAAUACCGAGGGAGAAUAUUCUGGGCUAGAGCAUGAGGUCGUUCCUGGCGUUGUGGAGAGUCUUAAGGUAAUCACAAAGUUUUGUUCGGAGCGCAUUGCAAAGUAUGCUUUUGAGUAUGCAUACCUCAACAACAGAAAGAAAGUUACAGCUGUGCACAAAGCUAACAUCAUGAAGCUUGCAGAUGGUCUUUUUCUAGAAUCCUGCCGUGAGGUUGCUACAAAGUAUCCUGGGAUAAAAUAUAAUGAGAUUAUUGUUGACAAUUGCUGCAUGCAACUUGUUUCAAAGCCUGAGCAGUUCGAUGUAAUGGUGACACCAAAUUUAUAUGGCAAUCUUGUGGCAAACACUGCUGCAGGUAUUGCUGGUGGAACUGGUGUAAUGCCUGGAGGUAAUGUUGGUCAAGAUCAUGCAGUUUUCGAGCAAGGCGCAUCGGCUGGCAAUGUUGGUAAUGCGAAAUUGGUGGAACAGAAGAAGGCAAAUCCUGUUGCUCUUCUUCUCUCAUCUGCGAUGAUGCUGAGACAUCUCCAGUUCCCUUCGUUUGCGGAUCGACUUGAAACUGCUGUUAAACGAGUGAUCGAAGAAGGUAAAUACAGAACUAAAGAUCUCGGUGGUACUAGCACCACCCAGGAAGUUGUUGAUGCAGUAAUAUCACGACUGGAUUGAUCCAUUACAAUCCUAUUUGUACAUGUUUUUUAAUUUUUUUUUAAGACUUAAUAUUCUCACUUUUUAUGUUACUCCAUUUAAAUUAGUCUAAUGUAUGCCAAUGAAAGGAUCCACUUCCUGAACAUAAACGUUUUUUUUUUCUGGUCCAUUUUUUAACAAUAAUUGAAUUGUGGAUCUCAAUGUAUUUGGGUUGUAAUUUCUCAGGAUAAAUGAGCAUGAUUUAUUUAGUUUGGGAAAUCAACCGAUA